UGACAUUGUCCUGUGAUAUGGCUACAUCCCUGUCGCUGUAAUAAACCAAAUAGUGUGAAAAUCGGGCAGAGAUUCAGAGAGUUAUUAUUAAUAUGGUUGGGCAUUCCUACCUACUUUUAUGCACUGGAGGCGCAUGAGGGACCCAUCCAAGAUGGCGGCCGCGCUGGUACGUGAGCUCCAAUAGGCAGCGUCAGGCUUCUACAUAUAUCAUGUCUAUGGUCCUAUCCAUAGCAUGUGUAGAUCAUAUGUGAACAGAUCUCGUUAGAAUCCUGCCUCUCGCGAUAUUUCCCUCGGCGUUCACACACCGUCCAACGACAGUCGAAGGUAAGGUCCUUAAAGCUCACUAUUUUGAAUUACACCGCGGUUUAUCGUGUGAUCCUAAACCACCCGGGUCCUUUGACAAAUAUAACAUCAGUAAUGUCUUUUAAUUAAACUUAUUAUAUCCGUCACUCGCUCAGAUAGCCGAUCUAGCCAUGGCCUGCUUCAGGCUAACAGGGUGUAUUGUUUGAGACGGUGAAAGUUAGCCUACAAGCUAACUUCAAAGUUGUUGACUCUCACCGGCUUUAUCUGUUUCUGAGACAAGAAAUCUUUAAAUAUUGAGGGAAAGACGACCAAAUACUUUAAAAAUAGGUGUGGAAAAGGUAUUUGCAAUUAUCCGCGUAGUUAUACACAAUGUUAAGUUGCCUUUCUUAUUAUAUUUUCAGUAUAGUUCUGUGAUAUUUAUCUGUUCAGUUUUCGAAAGAAAGUAUUAUUUCAUUUUGUAUUAUUGGUUUUAACUAUUUUGUUAUGUGUACAUAUAAUCUGUGGGCCCCAUAAGAAGCUGAAAGCAGCCCGUGGCUUUUAUAGGUUAUGGUGUUUUUAAUACUAGUUUGUAAAUUAUCCAUUAAAAUUUCACUGAAUCUUUUUUUAACGGUAAGCCAACAGUCCAAUUUUUUAAUCAAACAAACCUGAAGUUUGUGCAUAACAUAGAAUGUAAAUGGUCAAUUUAAUGUGAUGCUUUUCUUCAGUGGUCAAUAUUAUAUCAAAGUAGCUGAUACUUGGUUUUAUGUUGACUGAUAAACAGGCUGUUCAGCAUGUUAUUCCAGUGUUACACAACUGAAGGAUUCAUCCCUGUUUUCAGCCAUGAAACGUGCAGAUGUGCCUCACUUUUAAUGAGUUUUCUUUAACGUUACAGCUGAAUAAGUCAAAAUUGUUUGAAUCAAAUCAAAGAUUAAUGUACUUCCUUUUUCUUCCCCUACUCUUUUAGCAUUUUCGGUGAGGAAAAUGUCUCAGGAAACAAGAACCAGGACUCCCUCUGUCAUGGACCUUCAUUCAGAUUCACAUAAGCAGACCAUCCUGGGAAAGUUCAACAUGCUCAGGAAAAAGGACCUCCUCUGCGAUGUCACUCUAGUUGUGGAAAACAUCCAUUUUAAGGCCCAUAAAGCUCUGCUGGCAGCCAGCAGUGACUUCUUCUCUCUCAUGUUCACCACAGAAGAUCAGCUCUCAGGUCAGUCCACCUACAAGCUGGAGGGUAUGGCUGCGAAGAUGUUUGCAGCUGUUCUGGAGUUUAUCUACAGCGCUCAGGUGUCCGUGGAGGAGGGUGUCGCUGAGCAGCUUCUGGCCACAGCUCGCCUUAUGGAGGUCAACGAUCUCGUCACAGUGCUUGCUGAUCUCUCAAGCUCUGCUGCAGCUGAGAAGGGACACAAACGGAUGGAGCCAAGUUCGAUAAAACGCAAAAGAGGACGACCAAAGAAAACCAGGGAUGUGCCUGUGACAGAGUCUGAAGAAGGAAAUAACCCACAUGAGAACACAGAAAAGGCACAGGAUGGAGAUGUGGACUGUGAUGUUGUAGUAACUGAGAAUGAUGCAGACUAUAACCCAGCAGGGUACCAGGGUCAGCAGAGCAGACGCAAGAUCAGACCGCCAGUGAGAUUUGAGAGUUACAAGGUGGGAGGUGACACUCAAGGACAGAGAGAGCAAGGGAAGAGAGGCAGGAAGAGGAAAUAUCCAAACACUGAGGCACCAUGUGAGGAGUGUGGCAAAGUGUUCAAAAAUCCCCUUUUCUUAAAGAUUCACCAACGGACUCAUACAGGUAAUCUGACUUUGAGGGAUGUUAUAAAGCGAUGAUCCUUAUUUUUGUGAUUUUGAAAGAUAGUUUUGGGAUAAAAAAAAUAAUAUAAGCUGGAGCAUUUGUCCCUAAAUGUUGAUCAAAGUCAUACUAAGUGAUUCAUUAUGAUCCUCCUCCAUGUUUUUUUCUUCUUUUUUCCAGGAGAGAAGCCUUUCCUGUGUCUGGUUUGUGGAAAGUGUUUCACGCAGAAGUACUCUCUGCUGGUCCACCAGCGCAUGCACACUGGAGAGAAACCGUUUGUUUGUACUGUCUGCUCUAAAGCACUCUCAACCAAAAACUCCCUGCAAGAGCACAUGAAGCUCCAUGAGGGUAUGACUGUAUUUAUUUGCACAGUUUGUAUUUUUUUAGUGUGAUGACUGCCCUUUUUCUGUAGAUAAAGUGGAAUUUUCCUGCCUUGAAAAAUUCCUUCUUUUAAUUUGGAGUUUGAAAAAGCCAGACCUGAGAGGCUUUGUUGACAACAUCCCCGUUGUAAGUGUGAUUUUUCUCUGUCCUUACAUCCUCAGAGGAGAAAUCCUACAGCUGUGAUAAAUGUGGGAAGACCUUCACUCAGAAAAGGCAGCUAAGAAGCCACUACAGAGUUCAUACAGGUGAGAAUUCAAAAACAUCCUGAGCAGCUUAUAUUUUUCAUCAUCCACUAAAUAACUGUUUUUAUUCUUCUGUUCAUUGAAGGGAAAUCCUUACCUGAAUGUGACCUGUGUCAUCACAAGUUUUUGGACACGGCUCAGCUGAAGAAGCACCUGAGAACUCACACAGGUACAGUCUGAUAUAAGUGUGUAAAUUAUGUCUACUGUCUGCUAAUGAAGCUGAUGUUUGAAAUCAUUCUGCUCCAGGUGAGAAACCGUUCACCUGUGAGAUAUGUGGGAAGUGUUUUACAACCAAGAGCACGCUGCAGACUCACAUCAGAAUCCACAGGUGAGUUAUAGAUCCUGGAUUUAUCCUCCUCGUCGCUGUAAGGCUGGAUAUGAUGUUAGAUUUUAUUUUUGUUGUUUUACACUUGUCUUCAAACUUUAUUCUUGUUAUUUAUUAUGUGAUUCUGGUUUUGAAAGCGCUACCUAGAUUACAUAAAUGAGAGAUAAUACAAAGUGAGCAGGUGAUGUUGCAAGUUGACACGAAGUACUUCUUGAUUUACUCAUUUGGCUGUUAUUGACUGAUAUUGAUCGAGUUUACUUUCUGCAGAGGAGAGAAACCGUACGACUGCAACAUCUGCAACAAAUCCUUCUCAGACCCCAGUGCCAGGCGUCGACAUGUCGCUUCUCACUCAGGGAAGAAACCUUUCACCUGCUCCUUCUGCAGCCUCUCCUUCACCCGCCUGGACAACCUGAAAACACACACCAAAACCCACAACAAGGAAAGAGCUUCAGCGACGGAGGACCCGCCAGGGGCAGCAGAAGCAGAGGCUGCAGCACCGCAGGAGGAGGUGAGAAACAUCCUGCAGCUGCAGCCCUACCAGCUGCCCUCCUCCUCUGAACAGGAAAUCCAGCUGGUGGUGACCGCAGACGUGGACAACAUUAACUUUGUGCAGGGUCAGAACCAAGAGAUCAGCAUCAUCACCACAGAGGGGGAGAGCGCAGAAUCAGCCCACUCCAGACUCACCCUCCUCACCCAAUCAGCAGGUAACAUACAGAACGUUGCUCUGGUCACACAGGGCAGCAUGGCGGACCAGAAUCCUCAGAUCCAGACUAUCAGCAUGCUGGAGGGUCAGGUGACGCACCAGCCCGAGCAGAUGCAUGUCAUCACACUGAGUAAAGAAGCCAUGGAGCACCUGCAGGCGCAACACGGCCCCCCGCAGCCCCUUCAGAUCACACAGAGACCCGUCCAGCAGCUGCAGGUGAUGCAGCAGCCGGCGUCUUCACAGGGGCAGGCGGGAAGAGAACAGCACAACCAGGCUAUUCACAUCAGCAGCCAGAGCAGCCAGCCCAUCUCCAUCAGCCAGACCAGCCAGCAGAUCUCCAACCACCACAUCCAGGGACAGACGUUCCAGAUCCAGGCUGGGACUGUGUCGUAUCUGUACACCACAGGGCUGCAGGAGAGCUGAUCUGAGAGAGGGUGGAGUGACUGAAAGGAGCCAAAUCAGGUCUGAGAAUGCUGCUACAGGUCAGGUUGAUAAUGGGGGAAUUACACCUUGUAUUUGAGCACCAUCAAAAUCAGUGUGGAGACUUUUUUGACUUGAGUAUCAUGAGCCUCUUUCACUCAUGGAUUUCACUGAAUUUUCUAGAUAACUCCAGGAAACUGAGGCUCUGGUGACUUGCUAUUCUCUCACGUACCUCUCAACACGAUACCUCAUAACUUCAUUUGGUUUAAGUGGCUGCUAGUUGGUACAUGCAGUGUGAUUUUUAAUCACUGCUUCACAUUUGAUCUUUGAACGUAUCCUAACUGUCAGCUUUAGCGGAUUUUAGUCUCACGCAGGUUCUUUAUUUUCACACUUUGCUGGACAUGAAAUGCAAGCAUCGGUUUGGGAAAAAUCAAGUGUAAAAAAAAAAGACAAAUAAUCAAAUGUGAGCAAAAGGCAUUUUUGGAAAGUGGAGACUUAAAGGCUGAGUACAUUUUUACACAAACUAUAACACAAUCAUGUAAAACUGCUGGGAUUGAGAAGUAUAUUAGUGCUGCACUGUCGUGUGAAUACAGCGUGAUGACAGUCAGAGUCGAAGAGGGCGGUGACAUGUCUCUUUUUAAUAAAAAUGAGCUUGACCAUCACUAAGGUUGACAUACAGUUGUUAAAACACA